AUGUCUCGUGCAAACCAGAACAAUUUGAUAAGGGAUCUCCUACAAGCAGUUCAAGAUCUUGGCAGGCUGAAUCAGAAAACACCACCAGCUCCUAUUACUCUCCCGACUCAUGCCUUGGUGGUUGAGUUAUUUCAAAGGCAUAAGCCCCCUACCUUCGAUGGAGCACCUGGUCCACGAGUAAUUGAAGGAUGGCUUCGUAAGUUAGAACGAAUUUUUCGACUCAUAAACUGCACCGACGCCCAAAAGGUUCAGUGUGCAGAGUUUAUGUUUAUUGGUGAUGAAAGUUACUGGUGGGAUUCAAUGUCUCAAACUAGAAUCCCGGAGCAGCAAUUGGCAUUAACAUGGGAACAAUUUAAAGAGGAAGUAAUGGACAAGAAUUUUCCUCAGUCUCUAAGAGAUUUCAAGGAAAGUGAAUUCCUUCAGCUCAAAUAG